AUGCUCCAAGAAAGUUCAAAAUACCGGGAGGUCCUUAUUUUGUACCUAUAGUUGGUUCUUUAUUUGACAUAGUAUUAUUAGCUUCGGCUCAUAAAGCAGCCAUUGAAAGAUUAUUUAUUUGGAUGGCUAUCGGAUUAGUUAUUUACUUUGUAUAUGGAAGAAGGAAUUCUACAGCUAAUAAUAAAAAUGAACCGAAGGUUGAAAAGCGAGAGGCAAUUAAAAACAGCGAGGGAGUCAUUGAGAUGAUAAAUGUUGUAGAUAAGUAA